AUGAGUAAUGAUUACAAAGAUUCAUUAAAUUCAAAUGAAGGCUCUAAUCAAAAUCCUAGCAAAUCAGUUAAUCUACAACAUCAAGUUCCUGAAGAAUCGUAUAAUGAAGUACUAAAUAAGGAAAAAAUUGAAAAAAUUAUACCAGAUUUUUUUAAUAAUCCAAAUUUAGUAAUGAAAGAGCUAUCAUCAGCUAUAUCUCAAUUAAAAAAUGUAGAUUACAAUUACUUUAAGUCAACUAACAUUCAUGAUUUUAUUAUUGAAUACAUUUUGCAAGAAACAGACGAUUCAUUAUUCUAUGAUGCAUAUACAAUAUUCUAUUUAACUACAAAUAGAAAGAUAUUUUCCUCAGAGACCCAGAUUUUAGGAUGUUUUAUUGAAAAAACCAUUGAAUAUAUUAGACAUCAUGAAAGCAAUGCUGAUUUUCCUUUAGCUUCUUUAUCAGUAAUUGCAGCUUCUUCACAAGAUUUUAUAGAAACCUUUCUUGGAUCAGGAUUCUUUGAUUUUGUAUUUUCUAUUGUCUCAACAGAAAAUAUUCCAAUCAAGCUUGUCGCUAUUGCAGCAUAUCUAAUUAGACACUGUAUUACUUAUAUUCCAAUUCAAGACGCACCAAAAAUAGUUAAUUUAGGCGUUUUUAUAUUGAAAUUAAAUGUUUCUGAAGAAAUAGAAUUGAAAGUAUUUAGUGGAUUUUGCGAUGCUCUCGAUCGCAUUGACUUAAUGCUUUAUUUACUUGAAAAUAACUUUUUAGAAGAAAUUAUUACAUUAUUGGAGCUAAAUGAUAAGAUAAUAACAUACGGAUGUCUAUCAUUUAUAGAAAUCCUUGCUAAUUUUAACUUUCCUGAAGACGAAGAUCCAUAUUUUCCUCAUCCAAUUCAAUUUAUUUUAGAAACUCCUUUAAUAUCUCAUUUAAUUCAACUUAUUUUCAAUGAAGACCAAAACGUAUACGAAACUGUUAUAAAUAUUCUGCAUAGAUUCAUUGUUUUCAAUGGAGAUUGCCUAGAUUUAAUCUUAAAUGAGGAUUCUGUUAACAAAAUGUGUGAAAUUAUGGAAGAAUCAUCAUUUGAUUCACAAAGAAUGGCUGUGUACUUCAUCUGUGAGAUAAUAGCAUGUACACAUAACUUAAAAUUUUGGGAACACAUUGUAAACAAAGGAGGAAUUGAAGGAAUUUUGCGAAUUCUCGAAUCAAAUGAUGAUAAAAUGACAAGAGAAAUCAUUACAGCACUCGAACAUGGUAUUUCAAUUCUCCCUGAAACAGUAAUUCCUCUUAUAGAAAAUGGAGCUAUAGAAAUCUUAGAAGAACUUGCUCAAGAUGAAGAGUGCUCCCAUCCUGAUGCCUGCAUGGCUCUUGUUAAGAGAAUUAAAGUCGAGGCAAAGAGAAUUGCAAAAAGGAAUCGUUAA